AGUUCAUAUAGUUUGCCACUCGACUAUUCAAAACACAUUUAGGUACUUGUUCGAGAGUAGAUAUAUUUGAGAACAGGAAAGAUAUCAGGUCACUUGACAUUCAGUUGUGAGAUACAAUCAGAAAAGGUUUAAAGUAGAAGGAGGAAGAGGAAAUUACAACAAAAAUAACAUUAUUUAUUGAAAAGAGCAUAAGUCAAAAUGAUAGCAUUCGGAUUGUUGGCUCUGGUAGCCUUUUCUGGAGUUUUCUCUGCCUCCGUUCCAUUCCAUCCCCUCUCCGAUGAAUACAUCGACCACAUCAACAGCCUGCAGACCACGUGGAAAGCUGGCAGGAACUUUCCCAAAGAUAUGCCCCUGUCCCACAUCAAGCGUCGCCUAGGAGCACUCGAGAGCGAAAGCGUGGAGAAUUUACAGGCAGUUCACCACGUCAUAGCCGAAAGUGAGGUUAUUCCUGAUACCUUUGACGCUCGAGAACAGUGGCCGAGUUGUGAGUCGAUCAGAUUGAUCAGAGAUCAGUCGGACUGCGGAUCAUGCUGGGCGGUAGCUUCUGCAGCUGCCAUGUCUGACAGAAUCUGCAUCUCUUCGAAUGGAACCGAUCAAACUUUGGUAUCGGACGAGGAUCUUAUGUCCUGCUGUUCGAAGUGCGGUGAUGGAUGCGAUGGUGGAUAUCCACAUCGAGCUUGGGAAUACUGGCAAAAAUCAGGAAUCGUCACUGGAGGUCCAUACAACAGUACAACUGGGUGCAAAGCCUACUCCCUGCCUCCCUGUGAACACGAUGGCACUCCUGGCGGCCUUCCCCAAUGCCCGCCUAAGGGCUACGACACCCCCGAGUGUGUUCUUAGUUGCGAUAAAGGAUCCUCCCUCUCCUACAAGGAAUCAAAAACCUAUGCUGUGGAGGCAUACACUGUCACUGGGUAUGUCCAGCAGAUCCAGUUGGAAAUAAUGAGGAACGGUCCAGUGGCAGCUACCUUCAUUGUGUACAGCGACUUUUUGACUUACAAAAGCGGUGUUUACCAAGAAACUUCGUUUGACUAUAUUGGAAAACACGCAGUCAGAGUGAUUGGUUGGGGUGAGGAGAACAAUGUUCCUUACUGGCUCGUUGCAAACUCCUGGAACGAAGACUGGGGAGACAAGGGAAUCUUCAAAAUUCGACGUGGAACGGACGAGUGCCGAAUCGAAAAAGAAAUUUCAGCUGGUCUGCCACGAUUGUAGAAGUUGUCAUUGCCUUUAAGUUAGGUACCUACAUAUAAUUAUAUAUGGUCUUCAACAUGAUUAUGUAAUUUUAUUCAAACACCAUUCCUCAUGAGAAUAUUGUUACGAUUCAUAGUGAAUGGACCUCCACCAUGACACGACUACGUAAAACUUCCAAGUAUAGUCGCUUUUCCAUGGGUUCAGAAACUUUUGCUUGGCCUUAUGGUUCGUGAGUAGAUAUUCUAAUAGGCACUAAUACAAAAGGGGUGGCUGAAAGUACGAGAAUACAUUCAAACAUGACUACCAAUGAUCUAAUGGAGAUCUAU